UGCUACUGCUGGCUACCGCUGCGUCGUUUGCAUCAUUCCCAUUAAAAUUACAACAUGAGACGCAUCUUGGCUUGGAAGCAGGGGAUGAAAUUGACAUUUUCUAUUCCUGUGACCAUAGGUGCUAUAGAUAUGACACGAAAAAGAAAAAAGGCAAAACAGAAAGACCAACUUCCUCUUGUGUCAGUGGAUUCCCACUGUGUGCUCCUCCUUCUUUUAACAGACUCUAGCACACUGCUGACAAAUCUCCACCCUUGCACUAAUAUUGGUGGUGGAGCCUGAAAUCCUUCAGACUCUCACCUCCAGCAUCUUGUUUAUGGACGCCACCAAGCAGCCUUUUGGCAAAGAUCAAAACAACAGCUGGUCUUCGGCUUCUCAUUUCCCCCUCGACUGAAAAGAUGCCCGACGCUCUCUGUAUCGUGGGCUCCAUGUUCGGGUCAGAGGAAGGACAGCAAGAAUGUGGCACCUGCUACCUGAUAAACAUGGGCUCUGUGAUUGGCAUCGUUGCCUCUGACAUUAUCUUGACCGUCUUCCUCAUCAUCUCUGUGUUCUGCUUCGCAAGUCACCACAGGAGAAGGAGAGAGCCGGAGUCUCACGACGGUAGAAGAAAUCUGCCCUUAUCUGCCUCGAAGAAGAUGACCCCAGAAGACACAGAAUCUCCAUACCAGGAAUUACAUGGAGUGCAGUCAGAUAUCUACAAUGAACUUCAACACUUUAGGAAAUGACAUGUUGUGGAAAAAGUGUUCAAAUUCGCAACUUCGUGUCUGCGACUUACUGUAAAAAAUAUAUAAAAGAACUAUGCCAAAUAAUCAUUUGUAUAAAUCUUGCAUUGCAACUCAUAAUUUAGCAUAAACCUAAAUAGUGUGGAGUACCUGAAUGUUAUUUCUGUAGUUAAGGUAUGUUGUGCUCAGUGAGAAUGUAGAGUGGAGCAUGGCAUUCAGUGCAUGUUGUGUUUGUAAAUUAUUUUGUACUUAAUGAUCAAUAAAACCCAACUUUGCGAUCAAUGUUUACCGUCAGACAAAUUCUCGUCAGACUCAAUAAAACUGCUUUCAUUUUG